AUGCGCUCCCACCUCGACCCCAGCGAACUCGGCACCAAGCAAUAUUGGGACGACGCCUACGCACGUGAAAUCGCAAACCACCAACAGGAUGCACAAGACGAGGGCACAAUCUGGUUCGACGACAGCGGCGCCGAAGAGAAGGUCAUUGAGCGUCUGGAAGCCUUGGAAGACGAGGGCCUGCUGAGCAAAGAUGACUCGCGCAUCCUCGACCUGGGGACUGGCAAUGGACACAUGCUGUUUUCUCUUCUGGACGAAGACUGGGCUGGAGAAUUGGUCGGCGUCGACUACAGCGACACCAGUGUGAAGCUCGCCCGCCAGAUUGCCCAAGGGCGCAGUGAAGAGGGUGCUCCCGUGCGCUUCGAGGAAUGGGAUCUUCUGAAUCACCAGCCCGGAGAAUGGUUGGUCGGAGGCUUCGAUGCUGUAUUGGACAAGGGCACCUUCGACGCCAUCUCGCUCUCUUCUGAGACAGACGCUCAAGGCCGUCGUAUCUGCGAAUUCUACCGCGAACACAUUACUCCCCUCAUCAAGCCUGGCCAGUUUUUCAUCAUCACCUCCUGCAACUGGACCAAGGAGGAAGUCAUGAACUGGUUCGUCGCUCCUGACGGUGAGCUGCAGUUCUUUGACGAGGCCAAGUAUCCUACUUUCACUUUUGGCGGUCAGCAGGGCCAGAGUGUCUGUACUCUAAUUUUCCAACGACGUCUCAACUGA